CUGGACGCUAUGAUGCAGGUCCUAGCGUGUAGGAAAGAGAUAGGCUGGCGAGAUGUGUCAAGAAAACUACUCAUCUAUUCCUCAGACGCCUCAUUCCACUCGGCUGGAGAUGGCAAGUUGGCAGGUAUCGUGAUGCCGAAUGAUGGUCAGUGUCACCUGGACGAUAAAGGGUUGUACACCGAAGAUCUCAAUCAGGAUUAUCCUUCAGUUGGGCAAAUGAGGGAGAUAAUCCGUGAGAAAAAGAUUAACGUGAUCUUCGCAAUCCCGCGAUCUUAUAGUCAGACUUACAAGGGGCUAUCAGAGGUCCUUGAGGGUUCCACGGUAGGCACGCUGUCGCAGGACUCGGGCAAUAUCGUGGAACUGGUCAGAGAAAACUACAAGAAAAUCUCCUCAACGGUUGAACUUCGGGCCAACAACACUGACGGAGUGACGAUUAGUUAUCAAUCGAUGUGCUUAGGAAGCACUUCUCAAGAUACGAAUCGGUGUAAAAAUGUUAAAAUUGGAGAAGAGGUGACAUUUGACGUAGAGAUUCAGGUGCCUGAAUGUCCCAGCAAUCCUGCUCUCCGUCGCAGAGACAUCAUAAUAGGUCCAGUAGGUUUGAUUGAUACUCUGACGAUUGAACUGGAGAUCAUCUGCGAAUGUGGCUGCCAGAAGGCUGACGAAGCGGAGCCUAACAGUAUUUUGUGUAGUGGCGGUAAUGGGACAUACGCUUGUGGGGUGUGCAAAUGCAACGAGGGCAGAAGAGGUCGGCUCUGUGAGUGUGAGGAGAGCCAGCUGGAUGACAACGAGCAGCAAGGAAACUGCCAACACCACAACUCGUCACUUUUGUGUUCUGGGCAUGGGGAGUGCGUGUGUGGCCAGUGCUUCUGUAACCCGCGGUCCCCGAACUCCGUGGAGAGGUUCAGUGGUGACUACUGCCAGUGUGAUGACUACUCUUGUGAUCUUUACCAGGAAAUGCUCUGUGGAGGUCCCACUAGAGGGCGCUGUCAGUGUGGCACGUGUUUGUGUAACCCGGGUUACAACGGGACGUCGUGCGACUGUCCCAUCAGUCAGGACACCUGUUUGGCUCCGAAUGGGGCAGUGUGUAACGGUCAAGGAGAGUGUAACUGUGGGAAGUGCAAAUGUGACAAGGAGUCCAGAUGCUAUGGCGACUUCUGUGAACAUUGUCCGUCGUGUGUCGGCGUGUGCAAUUGUAACAAGGACUGCGUCAACUGCCGUUUGUUUAAGAGGGGACUUUAUUCAGCUGAGGAAUGUGAGAAUAAGUGUGGUAAUAUCAGUAUUACUGAGGUGGAUGUAAUAGAAGAUGACGACAAUGGGACGAUUUGUCAGGAAUUGUUCGGAGACCAGACGGAUUGCACUUUUAAGUUCAGUUACGAAUAUGGCACAGACAACAGGCUUAGGAUCAGGACCCAGAAGGUCAUCGUAUGCGCCGAACCCGUCGACAUCAGGCCGAUCAUUGGAGGAGUCGUGGGCAGUGUAUUAGCGGGACUUCUCGGUCUUCUCAUCUGGAAAGUUUGUGUGACAGUUUACGAUGGCAGAGAGUACAGUCGCUUUAAGGAAGAGAUCGAAAACGCUAGAUGGGCGUCGCAACAAAACCCUCUGUAUCGUGGAGCUAUAACUGAAUAUCCAAACCCGAUGUGCGAGACCACGCCGACUGAGAACCCACAGUAACACUCAGGAGGGAAGGGACUCUCCAGUCGAGCUCAUGCGGUGGGUGG